AUGGCUACUAAAGUAUCAACAAACUACUUGGUCGAGGGAAAGGGAGGCGAUAAGUUGGUGCUGCCAUCAAAGGUCGUGCCAGAGAAGUACUAUCUGCAUUUGCACCCGGAUGUAAAGGCAUUCACAUUCAAGGGCCACGUUGAUAUUACACUCAACGUUCGCGAAGCCACCAAUGUGAUCGUGAUCCACUCGAUCGAGAUUGAUAUCAAGUCGGCCACGAUCGCCGGCACCGACAACCCCAUGACAUCGAUCGUCUACGACACCACCGACGAGGUGGCCGUCAUCACCUUCCAGCACGAGCUGGCCGUUCACAGCAAGCCAGUGCUGGCCAUCGACUUCACCGGCAUACUCAACGACAAGAUGCACGGCUUCUACCGCUCAAAGUACACGAUCGACGGCGAGGACAGAUACCUCGGCACCACUCAGUUCGAGGCCACCGACGCCCGUCGCGCCUUCCCCUGUUUCGACGAGCCCGCCCUCAAGGCCACAUUCGACGUCGAGAUCACCGUGCCCAAGCACCUGACCGCUCUGUCAAACAUGCGCGACAUCAAGACCGUCGAGCACGACGACGGCACCAAGACCGUCACCUUUGGCACCACACCAAAGAUGAGCACCUACCUCGCGGCCUUUGUCGUCGGUGAGUUCAACUACGUUGAGGGCUACACCAAGGGAGGCGUGCGCACCAGAAUCUACAGCGUCAUUGGCAAGAAGGACACUGGCGACUUUGCCCUGGACGUGGCCAUCCGCGCCCUCGACUUCUUCUGCGACUACUUCCAGAUCCCCUACCCAUUGGACAAGUGCGACCACAUUGGUGUCCCCGACUUUAGCUUUGGCGCCAUGGAGAACUGGGGUCUGAUCACCUACCGUGAGAUCAUUCUGCUCACAUCCGAGACAACAACCGUGCGCAUCAAGCAGCGUGUGGCCAGUGUAAUUGGCCACGAGCUGGCACAUCAGUGGUUCGGAAACCUCGUCACCAUGGAGUGGUGGUCGCAGUUGUGGCUCAACGAGGGCUUUGCCACGUACAUGGGCGACCUGGUCACCGACCACCUGUUCCCAGAGUGGGGCGUGUGGCUCGAGUUCUCCAACGUGUACAACGGCGCUCUCGGCCUGGACGUGCUCGAGAACUCGCACGCCAUCGAGGUGCCAGUGUACAGCUCAUCGCAGAUCAACGAGAUCUUUGACGCCAUCUCCUACAACAAGGGAUCGUGUGUCAUCAGAAUGCUUGCCGAGCGCUUUGGCGAUGACUUUAGAAAGGGACUCACUCACUACCUGACCAAGUUUGCCUACCAGAACACCAACACCGAGGAUCUCUGGAACUCCAUCAGCCACAUCUCUGGCUCCAACGUCAAGGAGUUCAUCGACGAGUUCACCAAGUACCCAGGUUACCCAGUCAUCAACUUUGAGGCCACCGCCGAGCCAGGCAAGUUCAACUUGACCCAGAAGCAGUUCAGAUACACCAAUGAGGAGAGACCAACAGACCCAUGCUGGAAGUGCCACAUCAAGCUCCAGACACAGAAGGAGUCGCACGAGUACAUGUUGGACACCAAGACCACCACCAUCACCGUGCCAUCAUUCGACGCCAACGGUUGGAUCAAGCCAAACUUUGGCCAGACUGGUUACUACCGCAUCAAGUACGACCCAUCCAUUAUCAAGGGCUUGCUGCCACAGAUCCAGUCGCUCAAGCUGCCCGCCGUCGACCGUCUCGGUCUCUUCAGUGAUGCCGUUGCACUCUCCAAGGCUCACUCGCUCCCAAUCACCGUCUUCCUCGACCUUGCCGCUUCAUCACAAAACGAAGUCGAGAACACCAACUGGACCUUCAUCAUGGACACUCUUGGAAAGUUGUUGAACUUGGUCGAUGACACCCCAUCCUAUGACAAGCUCAAGCGUUUCACCGUCAACCUCCUCACACCAGUUUACAAGAAGCUUGGAUUCGACGCCAUUCCAAAUGAGUCUGCCGCUGAUGUUCUCUUGAGAGAGAAGGUGUUGGCUAGACUAGCCCAGAGCGACCUUCAGGAGGUCAUCGUCGAGUGCCGCAAGCGCUACGACGCUCUGAAGGCCGGCACCCCACUGCCAAGCGAUAUUCAAUCGGUUGUCUACCGCACCGUCCUGAAGAACGGCGGCGAGCAAGAGUUGAACGAGAUGAUUGAGAUCUACAAGAAGUCCACCAACACUGUUGAGCGCGCCACCCUCCUCUCGGUGAUCUCCUCAGUGCAGGGCGAGGCACUCAUCAACAAGGUGUUGGCAUUCUCCUUCUCGGCCGACGUCAAGAUGCAGGACGCCUACUACGUCUGGUUCGGCUUGCCCAACAAGAGCACGGGCAUUGCCUGGAAGUACUUGGUGGCCAACUUUGAGUCGAUCAACGAGACAUUCAAGGAGAGCGGUCUGUUCCCACGCAUCAUCUCAUCUACAUUCGCCGCCAGGAUGUCCGAGGAGCAAAUCGUCACAGUGGAGAAGUUCUUUGAGGCUCACCCAGUCAACAUUGCCGCCAGAUCCAUCAAGCAAGACCUUGAGAUUGCUCGCGACAACUCUCGCUGGUACGACUACAUCCAUGCAGAUAUCGCCAAGUGGUUGGUGUCCCAUCCAUAA